AUGGAUGGCAAGGGUCGGCAAUCCUCCGCCGGCAAGUUCUUCGGACGACGUCUGCACAAGGACAAAGAGAAGCAGGCGGGUGAGGCCAAGCACAGCACCACAUCAUCCAUCGACAGCCCCCCCGGCAGUGCCUAUGGCUCGCAGUCGUCACGUCACUCAGCUCGACACUCCAUCGGCGGCGCCUCGAUAGACCAGCGGCCCGUGUCCAUGACUGCCGAGGGCAUCUUUGCGCGCGCAGGCCCCAUAUCAUCCAUCGACUCCCCCCGAGACGACGCAAGCAAUAGCGGCGAACCGCUCCCACACCACCUGAACAAGGGCGGCGGCGACUUCCACCAGUACCCCGUCUUCACCGCGCCCACGAUGCCGCCCCAAGGGUACCAAUCCCACCAAUCCACACAGGGGCCGCCGCGCCCGCCGCCACACUCCAACGGCACCACUAUUGCCUCGAGUAACCCCGGCGACCGCGGCGUCUCGAUGCAGCAAUGGGGUCAGCGCGGUAGCAGCAGGGACGGCAGCUACUCGUACUAUGCCCCAACCGACUCGUCCAACAACACACGCGCCUCGUCCGACCAGGCGAGUCUGUACAGCAACAAUUCCACGACGCGCACCAGCAACGUCUUCUACCCCCCGAACCCAUCCCAGACCACAAUCUCCUCGAUAGGCCUCGAUGCCGGCAGUCUCCUCCCCACGGCCGUCUCCACCCCACGCGACUCGCACCGCCACCUGCUGCACUACAAUGCCUCGUCGCCGUCGUCGUCGACGGCCUCGUUUCCGCAAAACACGCUCAGCAUCCAACGGCCGCCCGACCAUAUUGUUGAAAAGGAGUUCAUGAACCUCAUGGUGAAGCGCGGAUGGAAGAGCUUACCCGAACAGGCCCGGCGCCAGAUGGAGGCUUACAAGAUCGAUAAGAAGUGGACCCUUGUGUAUCAGGACAAGCUGGCCGAGUUCAAGCACGAGGAGAAGAAGCGGCAGACGCAGCGGUUGACAUAUGGCGGCGGUGGUAACGGCACCCAGGACAUUCUCAUCCGCGCCGAAGAGGAGGGUUCGCCCGAGUGGUACGUCAAGAAGGUCAUGGACAACUCCAUCACCAUCAAGCAAAUGUCGAGUUUGGAGAUUAGUCUCCGAACCCAGCCCAUUGCGUGGGUCAGAGGCUUUAUCGAGGCGCAGGGUCAGAUUGCGCUUACGAAUGUCCUGGCAAAAAUCAACCGCAGGAAGGGGACCGGCCCCGCACCCCCUCCCAGUGUCAUGGCCCAGAGGGCGGAAAACGACGUCGAGCGCGAAUACGAAAUAAUAAAGUGCUUAAAGGCGCUGAUGAAUAACAAGUACGGUGCCGAUAACGCCUUGAACUAUCCCUCCAUCAUACAGGCUCUCUGUGGAUCGUUAAUAUCCUCACGACUCAACACACGAAAGCUCGUCUCCGAUGUCCUGACUUUCUUGUGUCAUUGGGGAAACGGAAGUGGGCACGAAAAAGUGCUGCAGUCUCUCGACAACCUCAAAUCACAGUAUGGCGAAAGCAGCCGGUUCGACGCAUGGAUGCGCGUUGUUGAGGUCACGGUUGACGGCCGUGGCAAGAUGGGCUCUAUGGUCGGCGCCUCAGAUGAAGUGCGCAGUGGAGGUAUCGGCGUGGAGAACCUCCUCAUGGAAUAUGCCAUUGCGACUCUCUUCCUCAUCAACAUGGUGGUGGAUGCGCCAGAGCGUGACCUCCAGCUCAGGAUGCAUGUCCGGGCCCAGUUCACCGCAUGCGGUAUCAAGCGCAUCUUCAACAAGAUGGAAGGCUUCCAGUACGAUGUCAUCGACAAGCAGAUCGAGCACUACUUGGACAAUGAAGCUGUUGAUUAUGAACUCUUCCUCGAAAAGGAGAACAGUUCCAUGGUGGACAGCGUCGAGGGCGAGACCAAGGAUCUCAAUGAUCCAACUCAAAUCGCAGAGGCCAUCAUGAGCAAGAUCAAGGACACUCGGGCGCAAGACUAUUUCACCUCGGCCAUGCAGCACUUGCUGCUUAUGCGUGAUACCGAAAGCGAAGAUCGGUUGAGAAUGUUCCAACUUGUGGAUCAAAUGCUGAGCUACGUGGCUAUGGACCGCCGACUGCCAGACAUGGAUCUCAAGCAGAGUCUGAACUUUACUGUCCAGUCUUUGCUCGACAAGCUCUACACCGACUCCGAGGCCCGCCAGGUUCGCGAUGAAGCGGUCGAAGCACGACAGAUUGCAGACUCGGCCAUUGCAGAACGUGAUGAGAUGAAAGCGCAGCUGGCGUUGGGUGCAGAUGGCCUGGUAUCGAAGCUGCAAAAGCAACUGGAAGAGCAGGAACGCAUCAUCGAGCUUCGUGGCAGACAAGUCGAACAGAUGAAAUCGGAGCUUUCGGAAAUGCAACGCAUCCGGGCGCAAGAACUGCAGCGCAACGAGCUGGAGACGCGUGAGCUGUACUUGAUGCUUAGAGAUGCUCAAGAUGUCGCAGCGUCGGCGGCGAAGAAGUCUGGUAAGGACGGGCUCGCUACCACUGACCCAGCACAGAUGCAGGGAAUCAUGGACCGCGAACGACUGAUGAACCGACUGGAGAUCCAACUGCAAAGAGCCAGGACACAGGCCACCCUUGAGGGCAGGACGCUGCAGAUGCAACCUAGCGAGAAGCUUAGGGAACUGCGAGAAAAGAUGGAGGGCGAGCCCGGCAUGAACGAGCAGAGUUACGGCGGUCUUGAGCCAAGCUCGUUUGGUUCGGUGCGCGCCAAGAGUGGAGUGCCGCGCAGAAAGCCACUCCCUGGCCUCCCUGGAGAAAUUGGUGAAGAUAUGGAAAUGUCAGAAUUGGAUGACGAUGAUGUUGUUAUCGAGAAGCCACGGCUCGUCCAGAUGCACAAGCCCAAACUCAGCUCAUCGGCAGCCAACGCGCUCAUGGCAGAUCUUGCUUCAAAUGUCAAGCGGUAUGAUGACUCUGAUGCGGAGGGCGAGGGUGUUACAACAGGACCAUCACAACCAAGUCUCAACUCGGACUCCCCAAAGACGCCUGGUUCGACCGAUGCGCCAAAAGCCAACAUUCCACCACCGCCUCCGCCACCUCCUGGGGCACUGGAAGAAGCUCAAGGCUCUCAUUGGGACAAGGUCGAUCAGCCGACUACUACCGUGUGGGCCACGCGUGGUCUCACAUCGGAAGAGAAGGAGGAGAAGUACCAAGAGCUGGCGCGGAAGGGUGUCCUGGAAGAAGUCGAGAAGCUCUUCUUGGCCAAGGAAAUCAAGGCGAUUGGCAAGAAGUCUGGAAAAAAGGACGACAAGAAGCAAAUCAUCUCGCGCGACCUUAUGCACAACUUCCAGAUCAGCAUGGCCAAGUUCUCGUCGUAUGCUGUUGAGGAUGUUGUCCGGAUGAUUAUCCACUGUGACCCCAAGAUCUUGGAUGAUCCGGUUACCAUGGAGUUCCUCCAAAAGAACGAUUUCUGUGAUAUCCCGGAUAACACCGCGAAACUCAUGGCGCCAUACUCCAAGGACUGGACUGGACCCAAUGCCAGUGAAAGUAAGCGUGAGCAGGAUCCUAACGAGCUGACUAGGGAGGAUCAAAUAUAUCUCUUCACGGCUUACGAACUACAUCACUACUGGAAGAGUAGGAUGAGGGCUCUUGCGCUCACUCGCACAUUCCAGACCGAUUACGAUGAAAUCUCCGCCAAGCUGCUGGAGAUAUCACGCGUGUCCGAAAGCUUGAGGGAUUCGACUAGUUUGAUUAGUGUUCUUGGUCUCAUUCUUGAUAUUGGUAACUUCAUGAACGACGCGAACAAGCAAGCCAGUGGAUUCAAGCUCUCCACCCUUGGUCGACUGGGUAUGCUCAAGGAUGACAGGAACGAGUCGACAUUUGCCGAUGUGGUCGAAAGGAUUGUUCGCAACCAGUACUCCGGAUGGGAAGGCUUCACGGACGAGAUCAGCGGCGUUAUUACGGCGCAAAAGAUCAACGUCGAGCAACUCCAGACGGAUGCCAAGAAGUACAUUGACAACAUCAAAAACGUGCAGAUGUCGCUCGACUCUGGUAACUUGUCUGAUCCGACAAAGUUCCACCCUGAAGACAAGGUCUCCAUUGUUGUCCAAAGAAAUAUGAAGGAGGCGAGACGGAAGGCGGAGCAAUUGCAGGUGUUCCUCGAGGAUAUGCAGAAGAGUUAUGAUGACAUUAUGGCGUUUUACGGAGAAGACCCAAGUGAUGAUAGCUCGAGGAGGGAUUUCUUUGCGAAGCUGGCCAAUUUCGUACAAGAGUGGAAGAAAUCCAAGGAAAAAAAUACCGCCCUCGAAGAACAACACCGCCGCAACGAAAUCUCCAUGCGCCGCAAACAAGCACAAAACACAACCCCCCUCUCUCCCAACGCGCUAUCAGACUCCGACGCACCCAAAUCACCCGCCUCCACCGGCGCCAUGGACGACUUACUCCAGAAACUGCGGGCUGCCAAACCAGAAGCAAGAGACCAGCGUGACCGCCGUCGCCGUGCGCGCUUAAAGGACAAACACCAGGUGCGCGUGGCUAGUGGCCAGAAGAUGCCCGAGAUUGGCGUCAACAUGGGCGAUGGCAGCGGCGCUGAAGGAGCGGCUGACGGAGAGGAUGAACAGCGCAAUAAGUUACUAAGCCCCAUGAGCGAAACUGCAGAUAGCGAGGCUAGUAGCGUCGCCCCCAGCACCACCGCAGCAGCCAGUACAACAGCAGCAGAAGCAGACAUCGCCGACCGUGCGGCCGCUAUGCUAGAAGGCCUUCAAUCCGGCGCCAGCCUCAACAAAGACGGCAGCCUCAGCGUCCGUCGCCGACGCGAAAGCGCAGAUACGGAACGUCAACGGAGACGUAAUCGUCGUAAUCAAGCGUCCUCUGUUAAGGGGGAUGAAACUGCUGGGCCGAUGAGCCCCGCUAUACCCGAGGAAGGCGGUGGAGACGCUGGCGAGGGCGAUAGUACAAUGGAGGGAGCGAGUAUGUUGGAUGAUACGGCGGCGGAUGAGGUGGGUAGGGAUAGAGUUGCGUCUGGCGAGCCGCAGACGCCUGUUACCGUUGUUCAUCCGCCUAGUCCGGAGGCCAAGGCGAGGGAUUUACCUACGCCACCGCCGGAGUAG